AUGCGGGAUAUCUCUUGCCUUGCCAACCUCCUCCUCCACCUCCUCCUCCUCCACUCGUCUUUCAUCUUCAACUUUACUCUCGCCGCGAACUGUGACGAGGAUUUAUUGGGAGAAAAUGAUUUACCAGACUCGGCUUUCACCGCGACAAGUAAUUCAGAAACUGUUGAGCAGCCUAUUGCUGGAAUUAGUCCUGGAGUGGAUCAUUCAGCAAAAACUGCCAGAGUUUGCCACGGUGGUCCCAGUCCUGGCCGUUUCCUAUCCCUCCCAUCUCUUGAUUACCUCCAAGUGUUCUACUUUGAGGACACUUGUGUUCAACUGCGGUGGCCAUACGGAGGGAAUUGGCAAUACCGUUGA